AGAAUUUGAUUCAGUUUCUUUUCGCUGAUCAUUUGGUAUAGUUUAUGAGUUUAAGACAGCUCACAAUAAGACAGUUUCAGAUCAAUAAAAUGCAAUUUCAAAACAUUGCCUUAGUCCUUUUGCUUGCUUCAAUGCAUUUUGCAAAUGGCUUGCACCAACCGGAUUUACCGUCCUUUGGAGACUUCAUGGAAUAUUAUUUAAGUGUUUCGUUGUCUUGUUCGAAUGUAACCGACGCCCGUAAUGUUACGAAUACUUUGACCAAAAAAUUUGCUCAAUGUACAACGAAAAUUACCGCUCCAGCUAUGGAAAUAUUCGGAAAUCUCCGAUUGAUCUGUGAAAAUCGGGAAAGCUAUCUGCAAUGUUGGGAUCAAUUGAAGCAAGACAUCACCACAAAUUGUCAUGAAAGUGGUCAUCUUCCUACAGUGUAUCCCGCUACAGUUAAAUCUUAUUGUGGCAAUGAUCAGGGAAACUUCACGAUAAAUAAUUUAAACAGAGCCAUGCAAGCAAUGACAGAAAAAGAUAGAGAUGAGUGUCCUGAAGAGACUGGCAUACAUUGGUUGGACAAUUGUAAGUCAUCAUUGGAAGCAAUGAACUCUGAAAACGUUUGCGAACGACAAGAUGCACUGGACAAAUGUGUUGGAAAAAUUACUUGCAUAAACUUUGAAUUCGGUAGAUUGCAAAAGCAAUUGUACAGUGGUGGAAGGGCUUAUCUGAACUGUGAUUCUUGAAACCAUGAAAAACGUUUAAUUUGCAAUAUUUUACUCAUAAUAAAUGGUUUAGAAAUGGUCGAA